UGUUAAGGCUCAAGAGUUGGCUAAUGGCUAACGUCCAUUUCCUUCUUCUCCACAUGAAAAAUAAUAUGCUGCUUUCUCUUCAUCACUUUCACCCCUCACCUCCUCCUAAAACCCUACCAAACCCCUUUUCUCCUCGCUUCCCAAUCCCCAAAUCCAUAAUCUUCCAAAACCCUAGAUACCCUUUCAAUUCAUUUAUCUGCUGCUCUGCUUCUGAUUCCAAAAUCCUCCCUCACUCUGCCAUCCAGCGCAUUGCUGAUAAGCUUCGCUCUCUUGGCUUCACCGAAGAUAAUCCUCAACCAAAAGUUACUGACCCGAACCUCCAAAGUGAUACCAAACCCGUUGGAGAAAUCUUUAUCCCCCUUCCCAAUCAGUUACCUAAGUAUCGGGUCGGCCAUACUCUUGACCCGAGUUGGAGCACGCCGGAGAACCCUGUGCCAAGACCCGGAUCCGGAAAUGCGAUUGUCAGGUACCAUGAGCUGAAAAAGGUGGUGAAGAAAGAGAGAGAAGCGAGGAAGAGAGAGCCUAAGCCUCCGACAUUAGCGGAAUUGAAUUUGCCGGAGGAGGAGCUGAGGAGGCUGAGGAGAAUUGGGAUUGCGGAAAAGAGGAAGUUGAAGGUUGGAAAAGCGGGAAUUACUGAAGGCAUUGUGAAUGGGAUUCAUGAGAGGUGGAGGAAAGCAGAAGUGGUUAAGAUUGUUUGUGAGGAUAUAUGCCGGAUGAACAUGAAGAGGACUCAUGAUUUAUUGGAGAGAAAAACUGGAGGUCUGGUUGUUUGGAGAGCUGGGAGUAAAAUAGUAUUGUAUAGGGGCGUCAAUUAUAAGUAUCCCUACUUCUUAUCAGAUGAUACUACAACAAAUGAAACUUCUACCGUUGCUGUACAUGGUACAUAUGUGGAUCACAAGGGUGAUAAAAUGGAGAGCUGUGCAUCUGCAGAUGGCAUAAAGUCUUGUGGGCUAACUCCAACGGGUAACAUAGUUCGACCAGCCUUGAUACAAGGUGUUGGUUCCCCAAAUAGAGUACGAUUUCAAAUGCCAGGUGAGGCCCAGCUUGCAGAAGAAUCUGACCGUUUGCUAGAUGGACUAGGCCCGCGAUUUACUGACUGGUGGGGGUAUGAUCCACUCCCAGUUGAUGCUGAUCUUCUUCCUGCUAUUGUACCUGGAUAUCGAAAACCCUUUCGCCUUCUUCCAUAUGGUGUCAAUCCCAAACUGACAAAUGAUGAAAUGACUACAUUAAAGAGGCUGGGACGACCUUUACCUUGCCAUUUUGCAUUAGGUAGAAAUAGGAAACUUCAAGGAUUGGCAUCUGCCAUUGUCAAGCUUUGGGAAAAAUGUGAGAUUGCUAAAAUUGCAGUUAAGAAAGGAGUGCAGAACACUAAUAGUGAGAUGAUGGCUGAAGAGUUAAAGUGGCUCACUGGAGGAAUUCUGCUUUCACGGGAUAGAGAAUUUAUUGUGUUGUAUAGGGGAAAGGAUUUCCUACCAUCUGCAGUUUCUUCUGCAUUAAAAAAGCGAAGAAAACAUGUAAUUCAUGUGGAUAAACAGAGGAUAGAUCAUAGCAUAGCAGCAGGUGAAGAUACGAAGGAGCCUGAGGACAUUAAAGAUAGGACAAUAGAUUCUGACUCUAGAGAUGAAUUUUAUAGCGCGAAGGGCCAGAGUUUGAAUCUCUCUUCAAGGUCCAAUGAGGAAGCUAUUAAAAGGACUAGCAUCAGAUUGUCUAUGGCACUAGAAAAGAAAGCUAAAGCAGAGAAACUUCUAUUGGAGCUGGAGAAUUCAGAGACGCCUCAACAACCAGAAAUUGACAAAGAGGGCAUAACUGAAGAAGAAAGAUAUAUGCUAAGGAAGGUUGGCUUGAAGAUGAAACCUUUCCUAUUAUUGGGUAGACGGGGAGUUUUUGAUGGAACAAUUGAAAACAUGCAUCUUCAUUGGAAGUAUAGGGAACUUGUGAAGCUAAUAUGUAAAGAAAAGGAUUUUGAAGCUGUUCAUGAAGUGGCACAGAUCUUAGAAGCUGAAAGUGGUGGAAUAUUGGUGGCAGUUGAACGAGUCAGCCAGGGUUAUGCUAUCGUUGUAUAUCGCGGAAAGAAUUACCGGCGACCUCCUUGUUUGAGGCCUUCAAGUCUCCUUAAUAAGAAAGAAGCAAUGAAGCGCUCAUUAGAGGCACAACGUCGUGAGUCCUUGAAACUUCAUGUGUUGAAGCUUACCAAAGACAUAAAUGACUUGAAACUUAAGUUGGCUGAAGACAAGAAGGCACACAAAGUGGUGUCAUUCAAUGAAGUUAAAGAAGAUAUGCACGAGAUGGAGUCAGCUGUACAUCCGCAAUCAGAUUCAGUCAUCCCUUCUUAUUGUAAAGAAGAUUUAGAGACUACAGAAAACCAUGAAGCCAAUGCUGGUGGAAUUGGUAAAAGCAAAUCUCAACCUUCAUCUAUAUUAGUGAGCGAGAACACCCAUGAGAGUCUAGUUGCUACUACAAAUGGAGCUGUUGGCUCAACUUCUUACUCUAAUAACAUUUUGGUGACGGGGUCAACAAAAGAAUCAACUGCAAAUGAAUCAAAAGAAUCAAUUUCAAUUUCAAGGGAAAAGGGGGAGAACAUGCCUUCCAAGGUUAUUCAUCUUUCUAAUAGAGACAGGCUUAUGCUACGAAAGCAAGCACUCAAAAUGAAGAAGCGCCCAGUUCUUGCAGUAGGGAGGAGCAAUAUCGUCACUGGUGUUGCAAAAGUAAUAAAAGCUCACUUUGAAAAGUAUCCUCUUGCUAUAGUGAAUGUUAAAGGCAGAGCUAAAGGGACUUCUGUUCAGGAAGUGGUUUUCCAGCUUGAGCAAGCAACAGGUGGAGUUUUAGUCUCCCAGGAGCCUAGCAAAAUCAUACUUUACCGGGGAUGGGGGGCAUUUGAUGAACCUGGUCACAAGGGUAAGAAGAAUGCCCGAGAUGUGGGGAAUGAAUCAGCGGGUAGAAAAGGCAGGUCUCGGCAUGCUGUAUCACCUGAGCUGAUAGAGGCGAUCAGACUUGAAUGUGGACUGCAGUGUGACCAAGAACAAAACAAACUCCCAGCUGAAAUUUGAGGCUAUGGCAAAGCUCUAUGCUGUUGAUAAUAUCCAACCACGUGGAUGAUUUACAUGUACAACUGGUUACAGAUUCUGUCAAUGCAUUGUCAUGUUAUGGAUGAGCCAUAGUUCAGUUCGACGCUGCAUCGUUUCGGAUCACGGAAGUCAGCACAAGAUAUUGCAUGGUCUUAAAGAAGUCGGCAAGUUUGAUUUCGCUUUGCUUCUUCCUUGUCACAGUAAAAAUCACUUGUGCAUGGAGAAAUAGAUGUCCAAUCAGAAAGCAUCUGGGUAUGUUCAGUGUAGAAAGCUAAUUUUUGGUUUAAUUGUGUUGUUUAGAGCUAAGGCGUAGUGUAUAUUGGCAGCUUUCUUAUAAUAUUUAAGCAGAAAAAAUUCUCAUCAGACAACAAUGUGAAGUACAAAUGUCAUCGGACAACCUUAUGGAUUGAAAAUAGCUCAUCUUUCUGACAAAAAGUACAUGUCAAAGCUGAGCCGAAUUGAAUUUUGUAUUCAGAAUUCCCCAGAUUCCUGCGUUCUUCAUGUCUUCUUUAUUCUACUGUUAUGCUUUAGAAAGAAAUGUCCCUGAAGCAGGAAUAAAAUUUUGCAAAUUGUUCCA